AUGUCCUGCCCCACCGAGAGCAUCAACACCCCCCACGCCGCCACCGACUCAUCCUCGCCCUCCCCCCCGUCCCCCCCCGCGCCCGAAUCCAGCGCGCCCCCGCCCACCGCCGCCCCAGAGUCCUCCGUCCCCGACAUACCGGGCAUCAAAGCGGACCACAAGCUCGCGCAGAUGCUGCGCAAAGAAGUCGCCGAGAUGCUCGGCCGCACCAGCAGCGGCUUCCCCGGCGCGCAGCCCGUCUCCUUCGCCGCCAAGCACCUCGAGGAGCUCAAGCGCACCGACUACUACCUGUGCGAGAAGAGCGACGGCAUCCGCUGCCUGCUGUACUUUACGCGCGACGGCGACCAGGAGGUGCACUACCUGAUUGACCGCAAGAACGACUACUACUGGGUGCGCAACCUGCACUUCCCGCUGCCGGGCGACGACACGUUCCGCGGCUUCCACACGGAGACCUUGAUCGACGGGGAGCUGGUGCUGGACGACGUGGGCGAGGGAAAGAAGCUCCUGCGCUUCUUGGUGUUUGAUUGCCUCAUGCUGGAUAAUCAGCGCAUGAUGCACCGCAUGCUGGAUAAGCGGUUGGGCUACGUCAUGGAGCGCAUCUACAAGCCGUACAAGAACCUCUGCAAAGCCUUCCGCGACGAAGUGCAAUUCUUCCCCUUCCAGAUCGAGUUCAAAAAGAUGGAGUUCAGCUACAGCAUCCAAUGGAUGUUCGAGUCCGUGCUGCCCAAGCUGCCGCACGGCAACGACGGGCUGAUCUUCACCUGCCGCACCACGCCCUACAAAUUCGGCACCGACCCGCACAUCAUCAAGUGGAAGCCCGCGCUCGAAAACAGCAUCGACUUCCGCCUCAACCUCGAGUUCCCGCUGCUCCCGUCGUCGCCGUCCUCCUCGCGCGAGAGCACGCCCGAGCACGACUACCACGCAAUGCCGACAUUCCACCUGAGCGUGUUCAUGGGCGAGGACGUGUACAAGAAGUGGGCGCAGAUGCAUGUCACCGAGGAGGAGUGGGAGGGGCUCAAGGGCAUGGGCGUGCCGCUGGACGACGCGAUUGUCGAGUGCGCGAUGGACAAGGAGGGCCGCUGGCGGUACAUGCGCUUCAGAAAGGAUAAGAAGCAUGGGAACCAUAUAUCGACGGUGGACAGCGUGAUGGAGAGCGUGAGGGAUGCGGUGAGCCGCGAGGAGCUGGUGGCGGUGCAGGCGGAGGUGAGGAAGGCGUGGAAGGCGCGUGCGGCGGUCGUGGCGGAUCUGGACAGGGGCGAGGCGAGUAAGAAGGUUAGGAGGUAG